CGGGUCAUCUGGCGUUGGAUCGUCUGGCUCGACAGCGGGCAUCGGGUCACCAGGCAUGACAGCGGGCACUGGGUCACCAGGCAUUUGAUCGUCUGGCCCGACAGCGGGCAUCGGGUCACCAGGCAUGACAGCGGGCACUGGGUCAUCAGGCAUGGGAUUGUCUGGCUCGACAGCGGGCAUCGGGUCACCAGGUAUGACAGCGGGCACUGGGUCACCAGGCAUCAGGUCAUUUGGCUCGCCAGCGGGCACCGCGUCAUCUGGCUCGACAGCGGGCACUGGGUCAUCAGGCGUGAUAGGAUCAUCAGGCUGGAU